CCUGUGAAGACAGAGAUGUCAAAACUCAAGCGAAGGGGAUGUGCUCACUUUGACGAAGAUGAGCCUGAGGACAAUAAAGUGGAUUUCAGCUUUUGCCCGGACUGGACAUUUGAAGAAGUCGAAGAAUAUUUUCAGAGACUUUUUCCAAAAGUCUUUGAGUACCUUGACUCC